GCGCCUGGUGAUGGGCGAGCAAUUCAACGACAUCUCCCAUGGUGCACCGCUCUGUUUAUGUAUGACGUCUUUCGGGGCGACAGCUAAUGAAUGACUACGAAAACAGAAGUUGUAGGAAGUUAGCGAAUUUACGAUUUCAAAAGCGGGAAAAUUUUCCCGCUCCAUACCCCGCCAGCGGAGAUUAGCUGGUUGGCAACUUGACAUGUUGCUCCAACUGGAGCCUCAUUUAUAAAUCCAAUUUGAACAAACCGCUAAAAAUGGAUGUGACCGACAUCGGGAACAGAGAAGAGGGGAAGCUCAAGUUUCGAAAACCGUCCUCUGGAAAAGGUGUGUUGCUCACCGUGGUCCGGACUGCUCAGCAGGCUAAAGUGCGUUUCCUCCAUGUCAUCUUUGACGCCACAGGAGAAUACUUCCUGGCUGGUGAUCACCAUGGCAAUAUCUAUGCCUUUGACAUAAGUAGAAACAGAUUUCGUCUAGUGCAGAAGACAGGACAGGCCUGCACUGCUCUGGCGAUAAGCUUCCAUCGGAGCGCAGAGUUCCUGGUGGCUCUUGUCGACAAUACCAUCAAGUGUUUUGACCAAGACACCAAGCAAAUGGUCAGUUGGAUGCGUGGUCAUGAAGGAGCAGUUUCUUCUAUCUCCAUCCAUAGCUCAGGCAGGUAUGGUGUCACCACAUCCUCAGACACUGCUCAGCUGUGGGACAUGGACACCUUCCAAAGAAAGAGAAAGCUCAACAUUCAUCAGUCAGUUGGCAUACAGAAGGUUUUUUUCCUCCCUCAGAGCAACACCAUCCUGAGCUGUUUCAGUGACGACUCCAUUUUUGCUUGGGACAGUAACACACUGGUAUGUGAGUACCAGCUUCCAGUGCCAGACACGGGACCCCGGCUCUUCUACAAGGCUUUCGCUGUGACGCAAGACGGUAAGAGCCUGGCAGCUGGGGGCCGCUCCAACCUGCUCCACCUGUGGUGUUUGGAAAGCAAAACGCUGGUCAAGGUGAUCCAGAUGCCCACUCAGGUUCGGACUGUCAGGCAGCUGGAAUUCCUUUCUGACAGCUUUGAUGGAGGAUCCAAUCAGACAUUGGGUGUGCUGAGCCAAGAUGGAAUUAUGCGUUUUGUUAACAUUCACACCUCCAAGAUGCUCUUCCACGUCGGUUCCCGCAAUACUGCCAUCAACACGGUGACCAUCAGCCCCACUGGUCGUCAUCUGGUGGCCAUAUUGGAUGAUGGCAGCAUUUGCGUCUACAAUGUUCAGAGUCUCACGGAGGAUUUAAACAACCCUCCUCUCCCCCAGGUGACUGUAGUCUCGGACACCGCAGCAAAACAGGCACCGUUGUACCUAAAGGUCAAAUCUGAUAGGACACAAAGAGCAGCCACUCACACUGGCCCGCCAAAACGGGUGAAGAUCUGUGCCCCCACCAGAACUCUGCUUACAGUAGAGGAUAAAGAGAACCAACUCCCUGGUGGUCUGAACAAGACGCGGCUGGUGGAUCUUCUUAAAACGUUUGGAGAAUAUCCUGCUAAAUACAGGAUGUUUGUGUGGCGGUCCUUGUUGUGCCUGCCUGAGAACUAUGCAGCAUACAGCAGUCUGACUGAUAAAGGCCUCCACUCAGCCUAUGUCACCCUCCAUGAGAAGUAUCCCAUCAAAAGUCAAAAACUCCAGAGGGGGCUGCAGAGGGUUUUGUCUGCCCUGUCUCACUGGGCUUCCAUCUUUGGAGAGGUGGAGUAUCUUCCUUUGUUAGCCUUUCCGUUCGUCAAGCUCUUCCAGAACAAUCCCAUGCUGUGCUUUGAGGUGGUGGCCACUGUCCUGGUCAACUGGUGUCAACACUGGUUUGAGUACUUCCCCAACCCUCCCCUGAACAUCCUGAGCAUGGCAGAGAACAUUCUGGCGCAUCAUGACAAGGAGUUGCUGCAACACCUGGUGGACUGCGGGAUCACCUCUCAGCUCUAUGUGUGGCCUCUCCUGGAGACUUUGUUCUCUGAGGUUUUGACCCGGGAUGAGUGGCUCAGACUCUUCGACAAUGUCUUCUCCAACCAUCCGUCCUUCCUGAUGAUGGCCUGCGUGGCCUACCUGAUGUGCUGCCGAGAGCCCCUCUUGCUCUGCUCUCAGAAAGAGGACUUUGAGUACUUUUUCCACCAUCGGAACAACUUGGACAUGGAAGCCAUGAUUAAAGAUGCCUACCGGCUGAUGAUGAACACACCAUCUGAUGUUCAUCCCGUGAGGAUGCUCUCAGACUUCACGGCGCUCACCAAAGGCCAGUACCCUGUUUUUAAUCACUACCCAGAGUUCAUAGUGGAAUAUCAGAACCGGGAGAAGGAAAAGAUACGGCAGCAAGAGCUGGAGUACCUCCAGGAGAGGCAGGAGGUGAUGGCCUUGCGUAAAGAUUUGGUGGCGCACCAAGCAGAAGAAGACGCCUAUUAUGUGCAACAGGAGUUGAUGCAGAAGGCUGAAGAGGAGCGCAGAAAUAUCCUCGCACAGGAGGAAGAGAAAUUGACUCAGCAAAGGAAAAAUUUGGCAGCCAUGAAGAGAGAGCUGAAGGCAAAGGAGUUACAAAUGCUCGAUGCAAACAGAAGACGUCUCCUCCAACAUCAACAGGACCUGCAAGUCUCGCAAAUCCGCAGGCUGGACCAGGAGAUCACGAGGAAGAUGGAUAUUCGUGAGGAGGAAACAGCAGCAGCAGUCCAGGAUCUGGACAUCAGGCAGAUGGAGCUGGAGGUGCAGCGGAGGCAGCUUGAGCAGCAACUGUGCAAGGAGCAGCUUCGCAUCGAACGACAGGUUGAAGACGUGAGAAUGAAAAGGUCAGACGGAGAGAAAGGAAACAUGCAGGAACUGGAAGGCAUCCCGGCAGCGGAGCCGCGCCAGCUGGGCGCCGACCGCAACUGGCAUCGGGACGCCGCGGCCGAGCGCCUCCAACACGCAGACGGCGAGUUGGAGAAAAGAAGGCGAACGCUGGCGGGAGGCGACAGGCUGAUGCACACCCCAAGAAAUGUGGCUGGACAGGAGUGGGAUGAAGUGAUGAAUCAGACGGGCCACUUAGUGGAGCAGGAGCAAUCCCGGCCUGCAGCAGACACAAGUUAUUCAAGACUAGGUUUCAACAGCAGUCGUGUCAGGACGGCCACCACCAAGGCAGCCACACCGAAGCAGGCGGGAAGCAAUGUCAAGGUGUGUCUGAACAGCAGCUCCCCCACGGAGAGCACUGCCACCAACUUCUCACUGGACAGAGGCCGGGCACAUUUGGACAGCCAAGAGAGACAACUGAUGAGGGAAAUGAAUUGUCUGAGAUUGAAGCUCGCUGCCAGGGCCAUCGAGGACAGCUUUGACUCCACGCGGUGACUCCACACGGCACACGCUGCCUCCCACUGACCAGCUCUUACUCAACUUCAAACGUUUCCAGUUUUGAUUGUACUUUGUUCAUCAUAUAACAUUCACAUGCAUGUUUUCCAUGUUGCAUAAUGUCUUAUCUUAAAACCCAUUUUAC